AUCGAUAACAGCAGCAGAACACCAUGGCGUCGUUUGGGUUGGGAAAGAUGAGCGACUUCCUUCUGCCGACGCUGUCGCGGAAGCGCGACGUGGACUGCAUCAUCCGCGACACCCUCGACAAGGUCCUCGUCCUCCGCUUCGGCCGCGCCGCCGACCCUCUGUGCCUCCACUUCGACGAAAUCCUCUCCAAGACGUCUCGUGAGGUCUCUAAGUUCGCGACGAUCGCGCUGGUGGACGUCGACUCCGAGGAGAUUCAGGUCUACGUCAAGUACUUCGAUAUCACCUUGGUACCCUCCACCGUCUUCUUCUUCAAUGCUCAUCAUAUGAAGAUGGACUCCGGGACUGCUGAUCAUACUAAGUGGGUUGGAUCUUUUCAUAGCAAACAAGACUUAAUCGAUGUUGUUGAGGCUAUAUUUAGAGGGGCGAUGAAAGGCAAGCUGAUCGUUAGCUGUCCACUUCCACCAGAGAGGAUACCCAGAUUUCAGCUGCUCUUCAAGGACGUGUAGGGAUGAGCUGGAAGGUGGACGUGAUAGUGUGUCGAAGGGGAUGACAUAAUGACUCUUGGUAUUCAUCCUCUUAACGGUUCUUUUAGUAGCUUCUAAUCAAGUGUCAAAUGCACAUGAAUCAUUGUGUCAAAUGACAUGUUCAAGCAUUCUAAAAUCCCUUGGAUCGAUCAUUUUCCUGUAAGCUGUGUACAUAUAUUAUUUUGCUUCAUUGCAUACAAAUACGAGCAUUAUUUGCUUCA